UGAUAAAUGACAAUCACAGAUUGACAAUGGGAAAUUGUUUACAAGGAAGUAGACGAACACCUUAUUAUAACCAAAGUGGACAUACCACAAAUCCACAAGGUAUAGAACCAAACCAGUUAUAUCCAGUCCUACAGCAAGAUGGUCAAUCUAUCAUGGCAUCAGCUCCACCGCCAUAUUCGGAAAGGGAUCCAAAUAUACCACAGAUAUCAAACGGUAGACAAUCAGUUCGCCAUGUCCAGAGGAACAGACCAUCGAUGUUCGCCCAGGAACAGAAUCCAACAGAAAACAACAAAAUAUUGGUAGCAGCUAUUGAUUUUGGUACGACAUUUAGUGGGUAUGCAUUUUCCUUCCGACAUGACUACGAAGCCGACAAACUUAAAAUAUCAACCAAUCUUUGGCCUCACAACAGUGGAUUGUCGACAAAAGCUCCAUCGGCCGUUCUCAUUGGCCCUGAACGACAAGUGGUUGCAUUUGGUUACGAUGCCCAAAAGAAGUAUGCGGAUAUAUUGGAAACUGACGAUGGGACUGAAUACAUGUUUUUCCAGAAGUUUAAGAUGAUACUUUACACAACAGAGAACUUAAACAGUCAAACUCUGAUUAAUGACGUCACAGGGAAAGAGAUGCUAGCUAUUGAUGUAUUUGGUCUGGUAAUAGGAUAUCUACGAGACCAUUUGUUACAGAGACUGCGCGGCAGAGACAAUCAAACUUUCUUUCAAGAAAAUAUGAUACAAUGGGUGGUUACUGUCCCGGCCAUUUGGAAUGAUAAAGCAAAGCAGUUUAUGCGGCGAGCAGCAGAUCAGGGAGGUAUCAAGAAUGAAAAUUUGACAUUAGCAUUGGAACCCGAGGCAGCAGCUUUAUACUGCAGAUAUAUUCCACAAUGCAUUAGUGCGUCCGGAAGUACGAUUUCCACAACUGCACUAGAAAAAGGAACAAAAUACCUUAUCUUAGAUUUAGGAGGAGGGACCGUUGAUGUAACUGUACAUGAAAUACAAGAGGAUGGCGCAUUACAGGAAGUACAUUAUGCUUCCGGAGGUUGUUGGGGUGGUUCCACGGUUGAUAUGGAAUUUAGAAAUCUAUUGGUGAACAUUUUCGGAUCUCAAGUUAUAGAAGAAGCCAACUCUAAAUAUCCAAACGAAAUACUAGAUCUGUUCUUAGACUUUGAAAUGAAAAAGAGAACCUUUGAACCUGUACAAACGUCCAGCGUUGCUUUAAAAUGCCCGGCAUGCUUAUACGAUAUUUUCAAAGACAGAAAUAAUAUUACAAUACAAGAACAUAAUGCACAAAGUGCGAUGAAAGAUGCCGUAGAAUUUAAAAGAGAUAAGAUUUUCGUCUUUGCUCCUACCUUCAAAUCUUUGUUUGAUAAUUCAGUGUCAUCUAUUGUUCACCACCUAAACGAAUUACUUCACACGUCGCCUGUAACCGGUGUAACUACUAUCCUUCUGGUGGGUGGGUAUUCUGAUUCAUAUGUGAUCAAAGACGCUAUAGUUUCAAACUUUCCACACAUGCGCAUAAUAAAUCCUGACGACUGCUCGUUAGCUGUUCUGAAGGGUGCAGUUCUAUUUGGGCACGAACCAAACGCAAUUACAUCAAGAAUAUGUAAAUAUACAUACGGAGUUGUUAUGAACAAAGUGUUUGUUGAGGGAGUUCACCCCGAGAGUAAACGGCGUAGGUACAACGAAAUGGACAUUUGCGAUGACAUCUUUGAUAUUCAUCUGCACAAAGGGGAACAAAUUGAAAUAGGAAAACCGAGACCAGAGAGAGCAUAUUACGCACCAUACAUUGGCGCAGAUAGUGCACUAUUGGAAGUUUACGCUUCAACUAGCGAGUCACCAACAUUUGUGACGGACGAUUCUUGUAGUUAUCUUGGAAGUCUCGUUAUACAACUGUCGCCAGAUUAUAAUGAUAAAAUGAAAGAACAACUCAUAAAUGUCAGUUUUCACUACUGUGGCACAGAAUUAGAGGUUGCUGCCAGGGAAGAAAAAACAAGAAAUGUUAUGAAGGCAAAGUUUGAUUUUAUAGGUUAGAGUAUUGCAGGUGGACAAAAGAUGAUGUUCUUGUGAAUAUAAUAAGUGAUUACAGAAUAAUUAAUACAACUAAAAACUAAACUGAAAAAUAAGAUGUUAAUUCUAGUCAAUUAAAUUAAAAUUUGUACGUGUUUCUUAUUCAUAGGACAAUAUGGUUGAGCUUAUUUGUCAACGAUCCAAAAAAUAAACGUUUUGGUUGCCGUUCUUUGGACCAUUUUGUUUUGAAACAACAGAAACUGGACGCCAUUAUAUAGCCAAGAGUGUUGAAAUUGGCGUUAAAAACAAACAUUCAACAGAUCAAUUAAUUUGAAAAGUAUUUCAUUUGUUAGAGACUAUUUUAAAAUCGUUUUUCUCAUCUCAAUGCUUCUUUCAAAUACAUAUCACAAUCAGUUUGUGAAGGAAACGUAACAGUCUAUAUCAAAUGAUAUAAAAACUAAAGUUGUGAACGUUUAUGUCAAUUUUCACUUUACAAAACAACAACAACCAAGGAACAAUUUCAUAAGUGUAAGGAUGGCACACAAAACUAUAACAAAGAACAAAAUACACCAGUCAAUGAAAUAUCACAAAAACUAUUACGUAUUAUAGACCAAAGAAUCUACCUGUUUAUUUCGACAAAAUGUGAUUCAAAUUACUAGUUUGAGUUUGAUUGUGUAUAUAUUUUAUUUUUAUGGCGAUAUUCAUUUUCUGGAAAGCUAAUGUAAAGAUAUUGAUCAAGUAAAAUCAGGUACAUGUAACAUGACAUGCAGGAAAUGGUGUGAAGAAGUGACAAAAAUAAAAAUAGUACUAACAAUGAAA